UUUAGUGCGACCCACCGGAAGCCGCAAAGCGAAUUAUACAACUAAUGCAUUUCUGGCACCGCUGAUAUGUAAACAAAUAUGGCGUCGAGCUCGGUAUUUCUCGUAAUGGUCAGUGGUCAAAUAGAGUCAGCUGAGUUUCCAGAGUUUGAUGAUAUAUACUUGCGAUACAACUUGUCAUACGGCCAGGACUGGCUAGUUACAUCUGGACUGGAGGAGGGUAUAUCCCAGAUUGCCAAGAAGAGCCAGGAUGACAGACAGCAGAUGAUCUGGAACUUCCCAAUUGAUGUCACCUUCAAAAGCACGAACCCUCAUGGAUGGCCCCAGCUGAUUGUGCACUGUUAUGGCGCAGAUGUGUUUGGGCAGGAGGUGAAUCGGGGAUAUGGAGUAUGCCAUAUUCCAAUCACUCCAGGAAAACACAAAUUACGACUGCCAAUGUUUGUGCCCGAGUCUUCCUCGCUGCUCCAGAAAUUUACUUCAUGGUUCCUGAGCAGACGGCCAGAGUAUGUGGACCCGCGAGUUAUAGCUCAGGGUGAGGGAAGAGAAGUUACACGUGUACGUACCCAGGGGUUUGUUACAGUGAUGUUUAACGUUGUCAUGAAGGACAUGAAAAAACUUGGCUAUGAUGUUCUUCCGUCUGAUGUUUCCCAUGUCAACAUGCCAGAAAAUGUCGGCGUCAACACAGAAACUGUGAUGUAAUAAUGGCUUAUAUCAGCUGCGGACUUUUAUACAAAAGUGGGUUUUAAAUUUGUGGCUGAAAUUUGUGAUAAAAAAGUGCAACAAAUUUAUCUUAUUCUAAAUGGUGAAAUAUGACUGCUUUAUAAAUAACAGAAAAUUGUUUUAGUUAAUGUCAAGAAAUAUAUUUUUCAUCAUUUAAGGCAGUAACAUGACUUGUAUACCUGUAGAAAACAAUUGAUAGCAAACUUUAAAUGAUGAAAUAGACAUUAAAUAUAAAAGGAAUGUU